AACAAUGCAACACGCCAAUCGAUUUUUCUAUUCGAUUACCGAACGUAUCGGUUCGCACAUUGCGAAUAUAAACAAAAAUGUGUGAUAACAAAAAACCGACUGUUAAGGAAAUUGCAGAACUUUGUUUAAAAAAAUUCGAGUCCUUGCCAAAAACAGGAAAGCCCACAGCCAAUCAAUGGACAAUUUUGGCGGGAAUAGUGAAGUUCAACCGGCAAACGGAAGCAUGUCAACUAGUUUCUCUUGGAUGCGGAACCAAGUGCAUUGGAGAAUCCAAACUAUGUCCCAAAGGGCUCAUUCUAAAUGAUUCCCAUGCCGAGGUGCUGGCACGUCGUGGAUUUCUGCGCUUUCUAUACCAGGAGCUCAAGCAGGAUAGGAUCUUCCAUUGGAAUAGCGAGCUAAGUACGUUCGACAUGGACGAGCACGUGGAGUUCCACUUUCUGAGCACACAAACGCCUUGCGGAGAUGCCUGUAUAUUGGAGGAAGAGCAAUCAGCGGUGCAGGCCAAACGCCAGCGGUUGGAUGAGGAUUCCGAGAUGGUCUAUACGGGCGCCAAGCUUAUAAAUGACCUUAGCGAUGAUCCAAUGCUGCAGACGCCGGGAGCUCUGCGAACGAAGCCCGGACGUGGAGAGCGCACUCUAUCCAUGUCCUGCAGCGAUAAGAUAGCGCGAUGGAAUGUCUUAGGCGUGCAGGGGGCACUACUGGAUACGUUGAUCUCCAAACCCAUCUACUUUAGCAGCCUGAACUUUUGCUGUGACGAUGCACAGCUGGAAUCUUUGGAACGUGCCAUCUUCAAACGUUUUGAAUGUAGGUCAUUCAAGCACCCGCGCUUCCAGCCUCAAAAGCCACAUAUACGUAUUGAUCCUUGCAUAAGAUUUGAGUUUUCCCAACGCUCCGACUGGCAGCCAUCCCCCAAUGGCUUGAUUUGGUCCCAAGUCCCAGAAGAAUUAAGGCCCUAUGAAAUUUCCGUGAAUGGAAAGCGUCAAGGAGUAACCAAGAAAAAGAUGAACACUUCACAAGCUGCACUGACAAUCAGCAAGUACAAGCUGUUUCUCACAUUUCUAGAGUUAGUAAAGUUCAACCCGAAGCUAAGUGAAAAGUUUGAUCAACCGCUUUUCGAUCCUGAGCGCAUCACAUAUGCUUCCUGUAAAAACUUGGCCAGAGAUUAUCAGUUUGCCUGGCGGGAAAUCAAAGAGAAAUACUUUCUCCAAUGGACCAAAAAACCACAAGAGUUGCUAAACUUUACUUCAAUGCCAAAUAAAUGACACCUAAUGCCAAUGAAACGAGGAUAAGAUGCAGACUAUGUGCUUACCAAGCAAGUAUUUUAUUGCAGAUGUGGGGAACUAUGGAGUGGAACUUCUGGUCCAAGCUCCUUCAAUUGGUUUCUUGAAAAGGUGUAGUUGCUGAAAAUGUCUUCAUCAGAGAUGAAAUAACUUCGGAUUAUAGCUUCCCUUUAAAUUAACUAUUUCCACCAAAUUUAAACUCAGUUAGAUUAUCAUAUGCAACAUCUAAGCGUGUUAUAUUUAGUUUAUAAUACCAUAAUAACAUAAAUCUAAUUGUCAUUUUGCAAACGUUUAACAGACAAACAAACGAACAGGCGUACAUAUACAAUUAAGGUUACAGCUAAACAUCCACUGAUGCGAAUACGGAUACGGAUGCACA